UAUUAAACAGAUGAAUGUGGAUGAUUGACAUUAACGAUCGUUUCUCACCGGUCGCUGCUCGCAAAUCACUAGUUCAGCCUUGUAGUGUUUGAUAUCACUGCCUUCUUCUGGACAUUUGCAUUUUUACUCGAUGUAAAUAGAGAAACAUUGAUCGCAGGCCUCCAUUGGAGGAGACGCGCAGGACCACCUUAAAACAAAAGCGCAACGAUCUCGCUUUCGGCGGACAUCAAAGGCAUUUAAAGCUCUCCCUCCAGUUCUUGUGUGUGGACCGCUGGAUAACAAGCAGACGGCAGUGACCGAUCUAGCGCACGUUUCUUAGAUCAGAUGGACAGCAUAUGAUACAUUCCGAGCAGAGAUAAACCGAUCAAAACAUCAUCGCGCGUCGGACAGGACACGACACCUUUCAUUCAUCAAGCGGGCACGAGACUAUGCAUUAAGGACCUCGAGACGAUUCCUUUCCGUUUGGGAUCUUCGUGGCAUUUGUUACAUGUAACGUUAACGUUAUUUAUAACCAACCUAUUGAGAUCUCUGGAGAUUUUAGCUGGAAAUAUGGAUUAGCCUGUUAACGGUAACAGAUCUACAACUACAUGAACGCUAUGGCUGCCGUGGUGAAUUAUUCCCCGCCGUGGUGGGUGAACCUUUUCCAUCGCCUGCCCCACUUCAACCUACAGUUUCAGCUGACCAGCAGCGAUUUCCGCCCGGAGGACUCCGAGUACCAAAAGGCCGUGCUGUUGCUAGGUGCUGUAGCAUUGGUGUGUUUGGCAUUGGACCUCCUCUUCCUCCUCUUCUACUCUUUUUGGCUCUGUUGUCGCCGCAGGAAGAGCCAGGAUUCGCCCAACGCCGAUUGCUGCUGCACCGCCUGGUGCGUGAUCAUCGCCACGCUUGUGUGCAGUGCUGGCAUUGCAGUCGGUUUCUAUGGAAACGGCGAAACGUGCGAUGGAGUGACACGGCUGACAUAUUCCUUGCGCCAUGCCAACCAAACCGUGGCAGGCGUCGAUAAACUGGUAUCAGAGAGCACCGGCAGUCUGAAUGAAACCCUGCAGGAGGGUCUGGUUCAGCUGGAGACCGUGUACGCCAAACAGACGGACUACCUGUCCAUCGUCCACAAACUGCAGGGUCAGCUGGACGAGCUGAUCAAUCUGAUCGUGGAGGUGCCUUUCUGGAGCAAUACGGAGUUUUCUCUGGAUCACCUGGCAUCUGUUACUGAACAGUACGACUGGUACAGGUGGCUGGGUUACCUGGGUUUGCUGCUCUUUGAUGUGAUAAUCUGUCUGCUUGUUUUGGUUGGACUCAUACGCAACUCAAGAAGCAUUUUGAUCAGCGUUUGUUUGCUUGGUGUGUUGACGUUGGUGAUUAGUUGGGCUUCUCUUGGCUUGGAGUUUUCUGUUGCUGUGACUGCCAGUGAUUUUUGUGUUGCCCCUGACUCUUACAUCACCAAAGUGACUCGUGAGAACGCUGUUAUCAACCAAGAUAUCCUGCAGUAUUAUCUGAAGUGCAGCAUGGGACAGACCAACCCGUUUCAGCAGAAACUCUCUGGAAGCCACAAAGCUCUUGUGGAGAUGCAGGAUGAUGUUUCUGAGCUCCUGCGCUCGGCUAUCAGAGAAUUCCCCAAGACAAAGAGUAACCUGGAGGAGAUGCAAGCGGUGUUAAACUCCACUGAGAUCAGUCUUCACCACCUGACUGCUUUGGUUGACUGUCGGAGCCUUCAUAUGGACUAUGUGCAGGCUCUGACAGGACUGUGUUAUGACGGGGUGGAGGGACUCAUUUAUCUGGUCCUGUUCUCAUUCGUCACCGCGCUGAUGUUUAGCUCCAUCGUUUGCAGCGUGCCUCACACCUGGCAGGGCAAGAGGUCUGAGGAGGAGGAUGGCGAUGAGACUUCGGCCACGCUCAGCGCGCGAGCGCCGCACGAUAACCUGUACCGCGUGCACAUGCCUAGCCUGUACAGCUGUGGCAGCAGCACCUACGGCAGUGAGGCUAGCCUCCCCGCUGCGGCACAUACUGUCAGCAACGCACCAGUCACUGAGUACAUGAGCCAGAACGCUAACUUUCAGACCCCUCGAUGCGAGAACACGCCACUCAUUGGCAGAGAAUCCCCCCCGCCGUCAUACACCUCAAGCAUGAGAGCCAAAUAUCUGGCAACCAGUCGCCCGGACCAACCCCGGCCUACAGAAUCCCAGAACGGCCUGGAACCCAACAUGCGACCAGAAUUAACCAGCCGCUCCGCUCCUAACAGCCGACCAAAUUCUGCCAUCCACCGACCCCACUCGGCCAUCCAUUAACCGACCUCGAAAACGUAACCCACGGUCAUCUACCUUUUAUCAACCUGUCAAGUCCACCAGUAUGAAGUUUGUCUCCAGAGAUUUUCCCCCCACGUUGGUUCAUUUUAACGUCUAUGUGACUGGAACGUCAUUCAGUCCAGUUUUUAAAGACUCCAUUUUGCCAAACGUUCAGUCAGACUGCCAUUUUUUACUCCCCCGAAUCUUACGCAGUGCAUCACAGCAACUACACUGCCCUCUUCUGGAGGACCCAGUCGUAUGCACAAAAGAAAAAGUCUGAUACUACCCUUGUAGAGUCUCUCAGGGCAGCCAUAUUGGCAAGGACUGCAGGACCACAUUACCACAGCAGCGUGGUUUAUAUACCACUGUCAUUUUUACGACUUUUUCCUAUUACUGUCCCUGUGACAUUUGAUUUUAUGAUGGGUUUUAUAUUUUUAGGUAUUUUUUGAAAUUACGACGUUGAUGAUAUAGUUUGAAAUGGCUUUAAUGAUGCAGCUUUUGCGCUUUCUCUGCAGUUCCUGGCAAUAUGGCAGCAUUCUGCUUCUAUAGAUAUCCAUCACUAUCAUGUGAUGUUCUGCCCGCCCCUUAUGGAGGAUAGUUCUCCCAAGGAUGAAAAUGUUGUCAUCGUUUACUCACUCGUGUGGCAUUCCAAAAACACAAAUAGGGAGAUUUAUUUAAGUUUUUGCCAUACAAUGAAAGUGGAUGGGGUCCAUGGUCACCAAUGCCAGGUUCAGACUACACGAUUUCAGCACCAUCUUUUUAUCGUAAAGUGUUGUGAUAAAUCGUAAAUGUCAGUGGAUGUUGAGAGGCAAAACAUGAUUGUUUUGUCUCGUUUUUCACACAUUAACCAAUAGGGAGCACACAAUCUCCUCCUGAAUUAUGCAAUGAAGGAAAUGUGUGUGGAGUUAUGGGAGCAAUACUCUUGCCUUUACGAUGUUUCCUUGAGGAACUACUUGACAGAGUGAUAAAACAACAUAAUUACUGCCAAACGAUAGCAGAGAGGUAUUAGCCAAGUUUAGCUAGCAGAUUUGUUAGCCAAAUUUAGCAUAAAAAGUUAUUAUGACGACAAGACGACAAGUAUAAAACUUCAUUCGCCAUUGUGUGUUUACGAUCUUAUUUGUGGAAGUUCGGCCUUCUUGACGACCUCACGCACGUUGUGAAAGACUGAUAUUACUCACAAUUCACUGCGAGAGGGUGGACUUUAGUGACGCUACACUGUAUUAAUACAAUUUAAGUGAUGCUUUACUAAAUAAAAUAAAUAAAUGACACAGUUUCGCAUUGGUGUGCAUACUGUUUUGCUACACACUAAAAAGUGUAUACUUUUCCAUAACAGUACAUACUUUUGGGGUAUAGUUUGUAUAAGUAGGCGCCUUGGGACGCAUCUUGACGUUGUUUCUUGUCUACAUAAUCUGAGUCAUUAUUGUAAACGACAACAAAAAAGUUGCGUAGUCUGAACUGGGUGUUCCUUUCAAUAAACUACACAAGUAAACGAUGACAGAAAUUUCAUUUUUGUGUGAAUUAUGAAUUUCUAGUUUACAAAUGUUGAAUUAACCGAAUCACAUCAUGCUGACUCUCGAUUAACAAAUCGCCCAAUAUUUACAGUGUAAUCUAUGAUGUGUCACAGUGUUGAUAGCCAUCAAGCCGUUGAGCCAUUAUGCACAUUCGGUAUCUUAUUCUAUAAGGGAAACAACUGCACACUUACGGCGUGUGUGUUUGCCUCGUGCAUCGUCGAGUGCGUUUUAAUACGACACAACUCGCAAGCUCCGCCCUUUGUAAAUAGUAAGUGUUUUUGUACUUAAAAAAAAAUGUCUACAAACUCGGUGCACUAAUCUUCUGUGUAACAGUGCAGUGCAACGUUUGCCGUGGCUUUAAGCUGCAGUGAAGAAUACAUGAAAAAAUAGUCAAACUCUGUAAAAAAAAAAUAGUAGUACGUUUUUGUAGACAUAUCACUUGAAUUCGUGGGUGCUUGUGUGUUCGUGCACACUCUAAAUGUGAAUAUUUCAAAUGGAGGAAAAUUUGCUGAGACGGAAGGGAUGCCUGGACUAAAUGAGAAACACUUCCCCACGUGUAAAUCUUUGUUUCAUGUCGUUUUUGUUUUUUAUUUAGUUUCUUGAAAGAUAGACUGUGGAUUAGGAAGCAGACUUGAUUUUCACCAUGUUUAGCCUUUUUCUUGUUACAUUUAUGGGGAAACACUUCUCGCUGGUGUGGAUGAAUCUCCAGUAUGGACAAAGACACCGGACAUGCCUGGCACUAACAGGACUUGCAAUUGCCUCUUCUUGCUCAUGAGAAAAAGUACAAAAUAACGCGGAGGAUGAAAACCAAGUGUGAGCAAAAUUCCUCCUUGUCAUGCAUUCAUUUAGUAAGACUUGUGUGGAUGUAGUGUAAGAUAACUUAGCUGUCUUUACCAAGUGCAGUAUUGUUGGUUUCAUUGCAUCCAGUGUCAUACGGCUGACUUAACAGUGUUUAACAUUGUCAUAGCACCCGUCGUGUGCAGCAACAAACACACAUAAGAUACAGUAUUUAAUGCCAUGAUCAAAACAUCAGAACAUUGAUGUUUAUAUUGAUUUGUAUUACAGUAUUAUGUAUAUCAUCAUAAAAUACAUUAGCAGGUAGAAAUGCCAUUUAAAACUGGGAAAUCCUGUCAAAUCUUGUGAAAUCUUUUACCACGACUUUGUGACACCCUCAGUCAAUUGAGGCGGCGUGUUUGUGAGUUAUCUUUUUGCGGAUGCUGCGUUUGGAUGCCAACAGGAAAGGGCUCGGAUCCCUAACCGUUAAAAUGUACAAACACAUACACAUGCUUUCAUGUAGUUGUGUGGCCACAAUGCACAAAACAUGCACAAAAACGUGAAGAUUUGCACACAGAAAUACAAAAGUGGAUAAACCGUGCACCUUAUCAGACACAAUGUAAAACUGCUUUACACGUUUUAAACCACUAACCAUCUAAUAGAGACAAUCCAAAUGUUCGGAUCUGUGAUUCUGUACCAUAUGAUGCAGUUGCAUGAUGGAAGGAAAUACGAGGAAGUUAAUCUGCCUUUCUAACAUUUUCAUACACUACUUUUCUUUCUCGAAAUGUACAUUUUUAUUUUCUAGCGUAUUCUUGUUAGCUUUCUAUUGUAUAGAUCAUAACAAAUGAACCUACUCACUCCUUUCUAAAUGUGAAUAAGAUAACGAUUCGUCAUAAAUUGAUGUUUUGAUAACAAUUCUUAUGGAUUUUUUAUGUUUUUUCAUUUGUGAUUAAGAUGUUGUACAUGUCAGAAAAUUGAUUUUCUGAGCCUGGAUUCAAUGUUUUAAUAAUAUAUUAAAAUGAACUUAUCUGGUGCAGGGUGUUGAGCAUCAGUGCCUGAAGAUAGAGAAUAGAGACGCAUUUUAAACACGAAAACG